AUAGGAGUUUAUUUUGUGAAGCUGUGACCAGUUUUCCAGUAGACCACGAGCUUGCUGAGGGCAGGACCCUGCCUGUCCUUGGUCCUUGUUUCUGUGGGGUCUAUCCCAGUGCCUGGCACAGUGGCUUUGGAGAUGAAAGGAAUAGAGGGAGAGCAGAUCCUCAAACAUAGCCUGCUUCCCUCCCACUCUCCAGUUUUCCAGCCAGAGGCAUUUGCUCUAAGGCCCACGCUGUGGCCCACCUAUCACCACUACCCAAGUAGUACAGGAAGAGGAAAUUUGAAGAGGAAAUGGGGACACACCGAGAAAAGACCAUGUGAAGACAUGGCGAGAAGACAGCCAGCUGCAAGCCAAAGAGUGAGGCCUCAGAAGAAACCAAACCUGUCGACACCUUGACCUUGGACUUCCAGUCUCCAAAAUUAUGUGAAAAUAAACUCCUGUUGUUUAA